CCUCGUUUCUUCCGGCAGUUGCUUUUCGUAGCGGCCGCGGCUUGCCGGGCGUCCGCGCGUGCGCAGCUGAGAAAUGGAACCCUAUUCCUGUGACACUUUUGUGGCAUUACCUCAAGCAACAGUUGGAAAUAGGGUUAUUUUUGGAAAAAAUUCAGACAGACUCUUUGAUGAAGUACAAGAAGUAAUUUACUUUCCAGCUGCAGUUCAUAAUGAUUUGACAAAACAUCUCAAGUGUACUUAUAUCGAAGUUGAUCAAGUUCCUGAAACAUAUGCUGUUGUCCUUAGUCGCCCAGCUUGGCUGUGGGGGGCAGAAAUGGGUGCCAACGAGCAUGGAGUCUGCAUUGGGAAUGAGGCUGUAUGGGGAAGAGAAGAUAUUUCUAAGGAGGAAGCACUUCUGGGCAUGGACCUUGUCAGGCUUGGCCUUGAAAGAGCUGACACAGCUGAGAAAGCUCUCAAUGUCAUUGUUGACUUACUAGAAAAAUACGGCCAAGGUGGAAACUGUGCAGAGGGAGAAGAAUUCAGCUAUCACAACAGUUUCCUGAUCGCUGAUAGGAAGGAAGCCUGGAUUCUGGAGACCUCAGGGAAGUACUGGGCAGCAGAAAAAGUCCAAGGAGUUCGUAAUAUUUCCAAUCAGCUUUCCAUAACAACCAAGAUUGACCGGGAACAUCCAGACAUGAGAAACUAUGCUAAGCAGAGGGGCUGGUGGGAUGGCAAAGAGGAGUUUGAUUUUACUGCGGCAUAUUCUUAUAUUGACACGGCUGCCAUGAUGACUUCACCAAGCAGAUUCUGUCAGGGCUACAAGCUUCUGGAUAGACACAAAGGAAACAUAACUUUUGAAACGAUGGUGGAAAUUCUUCGAGACAGACCCAGUGGCAUCAACAUGAAGGGAGAGUUCCUGACCACGGCAAGCAUGGUUUCUGUUUUACCUCAGGAUCCCAGCCUUCCUUGCAUUCACCUCUUUACGGGGACUCCGCACCCUGAGAGGUCUGUUUUUAAGCCUUUCAUAUUCGUACCACAUAUUUCACCACUGUUGGAUACGAAAUCACCAACAUUUGAACUUGAAAGGCCAGUGGCAAAGAGAUCAUAUGUCAAGCCUGACAGACGACACCUGCUCUACCAAAAACAUCAGCAGGCCUUGGACAUGAUAAGUAGCAAUAAGGAAAAAAGCAUGACAAUAUUGGACAACCUGAGGAAGCUGGAAAAAGAAGUGUUUGAAGAGAUAGAAUCAAUCCUCCAAAACAGACAUCUUGACAUGGAUAAAACUGUUAAUCUCUUUCCUCAAUAUGUAAAAGAUGAAAUUAAAAUUUAUCAGUCAAAUAUUAGUUCUUAAUGAUCAUUUAAGUGGUCAAAAAUCUUCCUCACUGCCCUGGUAAUGAUACAAAGCUACUUUAAGGAGAUCUGAUUAUUUCCUCGUAGUAUGAAGUGAUAUUUUGACUGAUAAAACCACAGUAAUUAGUAUUCGGUUGCAUAAAGCAUGAAACAACCAUGAUGCAUGGGCUAUGCUACCGUUAUGUGUUAUUAAGAAAGCUCAAGGCUUUUUCUUUUUUUCUUAAGCAGUGGAAAGUCUGUCAAGUGCGUUUUUUUGUACUUUAGGCAAAUAUUAACCAGCGUCAACAAGACAAAUGACUAGAUUUAUGCUGUUUGACACUGCCACACACUCUGCAGAAGCGCUUUCAUUAAACACAAAAGUGUCGAGAUUUGGCUGAGCAGCAAACUUACGACCCUAAUUGUUUAGCUUUUUCUUCUCCCUUAUCCCCUCAGAUACUAUUAGUCCCUCUGUUAUCUUCGUAGCUUUCCUUUUCCCAGAAUGCCAGGUAGUUGUAUCUUACAGUACGUCUUCUGGGAUUGGCUUCUUCAACACAAAGCCUUCACCGUGGCUCUCUAUGCCAUGAUAGCUCGUUUCUUCUUAACAUGAAUAGUGCUUUCAGUUGAGUGUGUCACCACUAAAGAGCCUCUUGGGUGCCUCCAAAUGUGAGUAAACAUCCGUGUGCAAGUGGCUGUGUAGCUCUAAGCGUUCAACCCAUGUUGGAUGGGACUGAGGUACUACAGAUCCUAUGGUGUGUGUGAGAAACCGCCAUGCUGUCUUCUGCACCCUGCUGCAGCACUGUCAUGUCCUGGCCAACUGUCAAUGUGUCAGGUUUUGGUCAUUCUGAGUGUGGCCUCUCACUUAUGUAGGUAACAGGGAUUGAAGCUACGCCUUGCACUUUGUUUUUCAGUUAGUCUGUAAUUCCAGCCGGCAUAUGAUGCUGAGUUUCUUUUCGUAGGCUUAUUUUCCAUUUGUAUACUUUGUUUGAUGAAGUGUCUUGGCCCAUUCUUUAAUCAGGUGCUUUUUAUUUAUUUACCUUACUAAAGAGUUGAAACUUUUUCUCUAAUUUAAAACUUUUAUUUUAUGUGUAUGAGUGCUUUGCCUCCAUGUAUGUCUAUGAAGCACAUGCCUGGUGCCCUCAGAGGGUGUGAGAUCCUCGUGAA